CCGGGGGUGGGGGGGGGCUCUGGGCCUGCUGCUGAAGGGUCCCCUGGAGCCGGGGGCUGCGGGCAGGGAGGGCGGCGGGGCCCGGCCCGGUCGGCUGUUGGGGAGGGAGGCCCGAGGGCGGCGGGGGGGCCGGCCCGGCCCGGCCCGCUUUUGGGGAGGGGAAAGGAGGGAGGGAGGGAGGGAGCCCCUUGGCGCCGUGCACAGCACUGCCGUGACACUCGUGAGGCAUUAGCGUGGGGACGUGCAUCUUGUGCCUGGGGGGCUUCGCUGCGGAGCUGAGCCGGCAGCAGCUGGGCAUGAGGCACCCAAAAAGAAAGUCGGGAAAAAAGGGAAAGGGAGCAAAGCUCCGGCAGUGGUGGAUGCCUUGUCCCCGCAGGAGAUGAGCAAGGAGCAGCUGGAGAAGCAUGUUGUGCGUCUCCGGGAGGAGCUGGACCGGGAACGGGAAGAGCGCAAUUAUUUCCAGCUAGAACGUGACAAAAUUCACACCUUCUGGGAGAUCACCCGCCGGCAGCUGGAGGAGAAGAGAGCAGAGCUGCGGAACAAGGACCGGGAGAUGGAGGAGGCGGAGGAGCGGCAUCAAGUGGAGAUCAAGGUUUACAAACAGAAGGUGAAGCACUUGUUGUACGAACACCAGGAAAAUCUCACUGAGCUGAAGGCGGAGGGCACCCUGUGCAUGAAGAGGGCCCAGAAGGAUCACUGGGCCCAGGAGAUGGAGCUGCGUAAAGACAUGCGCUCCUUGAAAGUGGAGCUGAAGGAGCAGGAGCUGGCCAACGAGGUGGUGGUGAAAAACAUGCGCCUGAAACAAGAGGAGGAGAUCACCCAGCUGUGCAACGACUUCGAGAGACAAGUGAAAGAGAUCGAGGCCAAGUACACCAAGAAGAUGCAAGUGCUGCGGGACGAGCUUGACUUGCGGAGGAAGACCGAGAUCCACGAGGUGGAGGAGAGGAAGAACAGCCAGAUCAGCGAGCUGAUGAGGAACCACGAGAAGGCCUUCAGUGACAUCAAGAACUACUACAACGACAUCACCCUCAAAAACCUGGCACUCAUCAGCUUGCUGAAGGAGCAGAUGGAAGAGAUGAAGAAGAGAGAGAAUCACUUGGAAAAGGAGAAGGCGGAUGUGCUGCUCCAGAACAAGCAGCUGAAGGAGCCCCUGCAGCAGGCCCAGGAGCAGGUAUCUGAGCUGCAGAAGAAGUUGGCCCACUACGAUAAGGACAAGGAGGCCCUGACGAACACGAAAGCCCGUCUGAAAGUCACCCAGAAGGAACUGAAGGAUCUUCAGUGGGAACACGAAGUGCUGGAGCAGAGGUUCAGUAAGGUGCAGGCGGAACGGGAUGAGCUCUAUCAGAAGUUCACCAAAGCCAUUAACGAGGUGCAGCAGAAGACGGGGUUCAAGAACCUGCUCCUGGAGCGCAAGCUGAAAGGACUCCUCAGCGUUCUGGAGAAAAAGGAGGUGGAGCUCAGCGAGGUCUUCGCAGCCUCCAGCCUCGACCCGGGUGCCCUCUCCUUGGUCUCGCACAAGCUGGAGGAUGUGCUCAAUUCCAAGAACACCACCAUCAAAGACCUGCAGCUCCAGCUGGCCCGAGUCUGCAAGGCACACAAUGAUAUGCUGCAGACGUUCGAGGCAAAGCUGACGGCCUUCGGCAUCCCCCUGGACAACCUGGGCUUCAAGCCCCUGGCGAGCCCGGUGCUGGGGCAGGCGCUGGGGCAGGGCCCCGCGGGACUCGUUGCCGUACCCACCUGACGCCAGCCAGCACCGAGGGACCCGCCGGUGCACGCGUUGGUGCUCCGCACCAUUAAACAGACCCCAGUGAGCCUUCUGCAGGACCUGGAGGACCCUUUCUCUCCUCCCCGGGGGGACCUUUCCUCCGGAGCAGCCCCCCACUCCUGCCACGGGCUACACCAGCCACGGGCAGCUGCCAACCGGAUCGGCUCUGAGCAGUGCCAGCGCAGCCCAGGACCACGGCACAGCCGGAGGGCUCCCGGCAUCCCACCCGCCGCACCGGGCUCGAGCGGGGGCCUGUGUGGGGUCUUCCCUUGCCCCUCUGCCUCCUGGGCUGGCCCCCCUGCCUGCACUGCCCCUGGGGCCCCCCUCCUUUCCCCCUCCAGAAGCCGUGUGUGCACUGCCCCAGGAAGGUGAUUUUUUUUGAGGCGAA